AUGAACAAGUCGACAAAAUCCGAUACUUCGACUUCGACAAACCAGGAUGAGUCCUUCUGGAGUGUCUUCCAGCGUCUGCCGAAUCCUCAACCAGCGUCUCCACCCAAGACUGAGGUGGAAUUGUCGGCAGACAAUAAACCUCCUGCUCACAGCACUCCUGUGGCGACAAAACUGGGGCAAAAACGUAGGAGAUCGGGAUUCCAGGCUGGCAUUACGGUUGGUUACACGUACGAUGCGUUCUUCGUCUCUGACGGACGAUCGCGCAAGCGUAGGAGUCUGGAAACUAGCGACCCAGGUGUUGCUCGGCCCUCCUCCUCAUCUGAGUCGUCGGACUGUCCUUCCAGGGUCUCCACCCCACCCUCUUCAACACCCCAGUCAUCUCUCUCCCCCAGAUACACGUGUAACGAGUGCGGCAAACACUACGCCACCUCCUCUAACCUCAGCCGCCACAAACAGACCCACAGGAGUCUGGACAGUCAGCUGGCCAAGAAGUGCGAACACUGCGGCAAACUCUACGUAUCUAUGCCGGCACUGUCGAUGCACGUCCUCACACACAACCUCAAGCACCAGUGCGACAUCUGCGGGAAGGCCUUCAGCCGACCCUGGUUGCUCCAAGGUCACCGAAGGGCCCACACUGGGGAGAAGCCCUACGGUUGUGCGCACUGUGGCCGCGCGUUCGCCGAUCGAUCGAACCUGCGUGCCCACAUGCAGACUCAUUCCACGCUACGACUCUACGAGUGCUCGCACUGCAAGAAACAGUUCGCCUUGAAGGCGUACCUAAACAAGCACAUUGAGACUUGCGGAAGAAACGCCAGCACCACUACCACCUCCACCGCCGCCGCCGCCUCCUCUUCCUCCUCAUCUGAGCCCAGCAUGGUGGGUGAGUCGACGAAGCCGAUUUUGCCUCUGAGCAUCGCAGCAUUGGUGGGUGACAGUUAA